AUGACACACACAAGAAACACAAAUUCCUCCAUUCUCGAAGCUUUCUCACUAAACCCACUUCCAUAUCCAGUUCUUCUGAUCUUGGCACUCAUCUUCUUCUUUCUUGGAUUUCAAUGGUACUCUUCAUACGAAGAAGCCAUUGAAGCCACUGAAGAAAGCUUCAACUGGCUUCUGUUAGUAACUCCAUUGAUUCUACUCUUUGCAGUUAAGUGGUUAUCAAGUAUGGAGAACCCAGAGAAGCUUUUCGGGUUUGGGCUGUCGCCGUGGGAGCGCCACCGCCGUCAGGCCUACCAGCUGCCGGCGGCGGAGGGAAGUUCGCCGUGGGGUGUGGCUGCUUUGAUCGUGAUGGUGCUGGUUUUGGUACAGUUUCAUUCGACUGUUCUUGAAAGCUGGUUUUGA